AUGGUGCCAGUGGCUGAAGCAUUGUUGUUGACUGCACAGCUGAUGGUGAGCCAGUCUGACCUGCACCUGCCUGUGCCAUCCCCUGAGGUGGACUUGAGCAGGGCUCCUGAUGGUGAGGACAGUGUGAAGGUCAUGGUGGCUGAUGCUGGGGUCCUAGGGUUGAUCCUGAGUGUACCGGAUGAUCUUCCUGUGGAUACUCUUGGUCAAUUGUCACAGCCAUUGGAGUUCAUUGCAUUUCCGGGAACCACAGCCGAUAGAGCAUUGUCUGUGUUCCGUCAUCUCAGCCACUGUAAGAAUUCUCUGGAGGAUCUCUGGAUUCAAGUGCGUAACCCAAAGGAAAUGAAGAAAAUUCUCCGCACUGUGAAGGCGUUCAAGCGACUCAAGAAUGUCGUUUUUCUGUCGAAUGGUUUGUCAAGAAAUGACGAAGCGCUUUUUCGAGAAACAAUGCGGAAAUGCCUUGGGCCUCGGUCUGCUUUGCAUCAAGUUACUAUCUUUGGCGAAACUUUGAUGCAUGCACGCUUCCUUUUACAUCGUCCUUCUUACAUUAAUUUUACUUACAACGCCCAGGAGCAAAGGGACUCGCUGUUCUCAUCUGCCUUCAUCACAAGGUUUUACAAAGAAUGGUUGAAGCAUGUGCCUGAGGAGUUGAUGCAGGGCGAGCUUACCGUAUUUGAGGCGAUUUCAGUUAUUUUGAAUACGGUUGAUGAACGGUAACAUUUUUGUUCUGACUUUUUCUUUUCUUAAAUAUGACGUGCUCUUGACCAUUUACCGGAUUU